UGAUUGAAAAUUGGUUGAUCGGUAUUCUUGAUAUAUUAGAGACUAAUUAAAGACGAGGCACCUGAUCCUCCCUACCCGUCGUGCGUGAGCUCAUCGGAACUCUAAAAUUACUACCGCCGAUCGUUCCCAUUUCCCUACGUACUUUCAUCUUCCCACAGCGAACUUCCCACAAUCAAAACUUUAGGAAGCGUUUCGAGAGUAAUGUUUUUUUGUUACGUUACGGAAACCAAUGAAGGUAGUUGAUAAAUCCACUAUAUUCUAACACAACAACAAUAUUAGAGACUAAUGUAGUAUGGAGCGUAUUAAAAGCCUAUGCACACUCUAAAACGCGAAAUUUUUUGAGCCUUAUCGGGCAAAGAGUGAGCAAACGCAUUAGGCUCUGCUGCACACGCAUGCCGUUGCCGGUGCGCGCUGCUUUCUAGUGUGGGCCCGCCCUGCUGCAGCCGCGCCAUGGGCUUCUCCGGUUAGCGAAGCAGAGCUUCCCCGCUUGAUGCCAAGGCGCUUGGCAUUUGCUGGACCUGCAUACACACCAAAGGGUAGGAUGGUCUUCGCCUUCUUUCCAUUCGGCCUCUGCUGCCCAGUAUGGAGCUGGCCAGAGUAGUCGGGAGGUGGGGCCUCCCGGAAUGGUUUAGAGUAGGCUUUUCGGAGUUUGCAAAGACAAGCCGCCCCUGCCCGACAGUCUCGCGAAAAAGGCCUUCACAAAAACCGUACUCUAACCCGCACAGGGGUCAUGUUGGGUGAGGGGUCGGGAUCGGUUUAGAGUACGGCUUUUGGAGUUUGCCAAGGGCUCCGCAGUCCUGGGUGUCCUCUCGUGCUGGACAACCCCAGAAAGGGGGCAAGAAUAGGCCGCCCUGGUGAUGCUCUGUGGCUGCCACCUCGGAUCUUGGCCCCUUGGCCCGUCCGAAGGCCGCUCCACUCAAAGCAGAAAGUGCGCACGAUUUCGCCAACAGUCGCGCGGACGAGACGCCACGGGCCUGCGCGUUGUUGCUUACUGAACAAUCGUCAAAAAAAUUAGCGUUUUAGAGUGUGAGUAGGUAUUUACGUAUCAUAUCUAUGUAGUAAGCCUUUUCGUGAGUAGACUGGAUAAAGAUUGAGGUAGUAGAUAGAAAUAAGCGAAGUCGUCAGGGAGAGAGGUCGUCUGGGAAAUCUUGGGCAGAUAGCCGAGUGGAUUGGGAUUCACAUCCUCAGUAGAAAGAAGCAAGCGAAUACAUAGAUUUGCUGACCGUUGUAUAAACAAUCGAAUACGUCGUAGAGAGACUUGAUGAUCCUUUUAGUAGGCUAGUACUACGUGUAAGUACGACAAGCACGAGAAGCUCCUGCUACGACGAGAAGUAUCACCUAAAGGAACAAGUUGCCGAGUGACUUGUAGAAGGUGUGGGUAACUUUCCGUGUGGUCUAUGUCUAUUUGUUUGUGUAUGAGAAUAUGAAUAAGAUACCUUUGUGUAUAACUAAGGUUACUCCAACAACAACAAGCUAACAAAGCCGGUACUAGAACUCGUCAGGGAAAUCUUCGGCAUCUUGCCGAAUAGAUUCAAAUCAUCAUAACUAUAAGGUUCCUGGGACUGUGUGGCCCACCUAAGUUAGUAGAGCAACAAGAUGCCGAGUGCGAAGAACGUCGUUCGCAAGCGUGUGCCUGGAGAGGUGUCCGUGUCGAAUUUGCUGGCUGAGUAUGAGGAUUUCGACCCGUUAAAAAGGGACGAAGUAAAUGACCCUUCCCGAGUGACGCCGGUUGACCUAGGCUUAUGCAAAGAUGCAUGAUGAAUCUGCCCAACAGAAUAUUUAACGUAGAAAUUUCAAAAGACAAGAAGCUCUUCCUUAUACUUCAAGUACAGGGUAGUUAGGAAUGUUGUCACUCUCAUCAUUUGAUGUCGUUCCAGGAACUUGUACAACUAGACGAUAAUCGUGUUGGUUUCUUUGUGUUCGUUUCUCGCUCCUUGCUCUUCUAAUUUUCGAAGUGUUUGCGGAAUUGAAUGUGAACAUGUCGGGCAGCGAUUUUUCGCAGCGGAGGAAAAAUUUUAUAAAAGAUGUUCUCAAGAAUGCCGAGAAAGCGGGGAAGAUCCCACCACGCAUAAAUCGUGAAAAGAGGGCGCCGUGGAAAUGGGCAUCUUUAUGAAGAAUCUUCUCUCAUACUCUCCGUAGGAGGUACCUCCUCAAUGAAUGGCCUCAUACAUAGAUGCGCAAUGCUAUACAAGAGGCGCCAUGACAUAACAUCGACGCAAUUCUCACUCACUCCCAUGCACUGAAUACUCAUUGAGACAAUGCAGUUUCAUUAUACAGUUUAACUGGUUAUUUUUUUCUUCUUCUUCUAGAAUUCAAGCUAAGGGGAACGAUAACGAUAAGUAGAUUUAUUUGGUGAACAACAGAACAGCAGUGGGGUAAUAUACAUACUAACUGCUUACGUCGAGGUCGACGUAGGCCUCAUGAUUAUACAGCAGGACAUGGAAUAAGUGACAAAUUAGAAUCUUCAAGAAAUCUUGUAAAAACUAAAACUGCUACGAACAACAUGGAACAAGUUGUGAAAUCUUCAUCAACAUCUAGCCACUUCUACUUCAGCACGAGCUCUAACAUGAGGCACGAAUUUGAACAACGUUAGGGCAUUAGUAAUCCACCGCAUAAUUCAGAAAAAGCGUCUUAUGGAUGAUGAUUUUUGCAUCUAUCAGACCAUAGGGGCCCUCCCUAAGGCUAUACGUUUUUAAGGGGAACGAAAGGGGUAGCCUCGAUGGUCUGGCUAGAUGGAAUAGACGCCCUUCAUACCUCUCGCUUCCUUGGAGUUGUCUUCUGUUGGGCCGGUUUUAGAUGAUGCGCCAGACCCUCAAGCUCAACAACAGGACUCUCAAGAGCCAGCACCUAAAAAAAUAGGGCGGGGAAGAGGAAGGCCCCGUAAAGAGCCUCCUGGAACACUAGCAGAUGAGCCCCAAAGAGGAGGACCUGAGCGGCCUUCGCGGCCAAGAAGAGCGGGAAGGCCACGCAAGGAGACUGGAACUGAGGAGCAACGACUGCGAAGAGAAAGAGAAAGAAAAAGAUAUCGUGCGGGGUCAAGGAAAGGACGAGAUGAAAUACCAUCUGGAGGCACCAAGGACAAGAAGAGGAGAGUCGUGGAGGUGGAGGAUGACGAAAAUGAAGACAGUGUGGACGAAGUUAUGAAAAUGAUAAUAAAGAUACCCCAUUGCGAAUAAACCUGUACACACAACCAUAGGGCUGAGCACUCACCGGAGGCGUUUCACAGGGCUCCGGCCUACCUUCGAAGGUGAGACCUCUGGGGCUGACAGGACGACGAUAGCGCCGGCGCUUAUAACUAGUUUUAGCAGGUAGCAGGAUACUUCAGGAUACUUGUUGAUAGUUGCCCUAUUUUCUUUUCUAUCUCCCUAGUUCUCGUAAUGCUAAUGGUAUAAUCUUCCAUUUCAAGAAGUAGAUCAUGUUGCAUCUUUCACGAAAUAGGUCAUGCAUGAUCCACCUGGUGGCAGGACGCGGGUCUCUUUCUCUGCCUCUGUAGUCCAUCUCAAGAGGAUGCAUGACGUUGGGGACGACAAGGGUAAAAGGGCUUUCUUCUAAGGGAAAGAAAUCGGCUCCUGCUCCAGGAUGUACUUGUAUAUGGAGACUGAUCGAUACAGCCAUGAUUUGAUAGGAUGGCCCAUGAGCCCCAUGAAACGAGAGGUAACCACAUCAUGAGCAUGGCAUGACAACUCGCGCGGCGAGAGGGUCCUCUAAUCAUCAAGGCGCCUCUCUUCCGGGAAGCAGCCUCUCCUCUGUCGCAAUGCAGUAUGCGAAAAGGAAUGCAGGCAUUAGAAAUAGUAGAAGACCUAGAAGACGAGGACGACAAGGAAAAAAUCUACAUGGAAACAACUGCAACAAUAUCUUUUCCUCCGACGAUGAGGAUGGUUCAUCAUCCGAAGCAGCUGAACAAGAUCAAGAAUCUAAAGAUUAAGGCUACAAGAAAUCCAUCUUCACGAGCACGCAUCCUGAGGCCACCGCUCUGAAGGGGAAAAUACAAUGUUCUAGGAUGCGUCUCGAGCUGGGUUUUUCGUAGGUAGUUCUUUCUAAAAAGAACAGGAUCAAGAAAGUUAUGAAAUCGGUGAGGAUGACCGCUUAUUUUUGGAGGAAUGCAAAAUCGAGAAGGAAAAAGAAGCACAAGCAGCAAGAAGGAGUGCCUUGCUCUUUGAUGUCGGAGGGGGUGGUGAAGGCGAUGAUGAAGAAGACCAUGCUCAUGCUGAAGACGAUGAUGACAAUGAUCUUCACGCUGAAGGUGAAGACCAAUGCCAAGACGUUGCUGCCAGGAGGAAUAGUAAACGGCCAGCGCCAACAUCCUCUAGCUGUCGUGGUGGUGAAUCUUCUAGCAUUAGUGGUGGUUGUAGUAGUAGUAGCUAUGAGGGACCAUCGAAAAGACAUCGAGGCGCGGCCUAUGAGCCCGUUUAUUUACAAGUAGAGGAAUUCGCAGGUGGUACGCCUCCGACAGUGUCGGCACGAGAACCUGUAUCAACUACAGUCAAAGGAGGGGCAACCGGAAACAAAAACGUUUCCGGUUCUACAACUAGGAGAAAGAGACCAAGAUCGGAAGCACGACAAGAUCGAGGUGCUGGUGGACUAGCUUCAUUUAGAGGAGUGAAGAUGACGGAAGAUGUGCAGAAGAACCUGGAGAGCGGCAUCCUGGAGAGCAUCAGGAGUACGCUAAAAGCGAAAACGAUAGAAGAAGGUGAACGAUUCGAGGCUAAAGGACUACCAGCCUAUUGUCAUCUUCCGGAUAAACACCCGAUUGUCAGUCGAAAGGAUCCGAAGAGAGUGUAUUGUUCGAUCUUAUGAUUAUUAUUUUCUUCAACUUCAUUUUGUUGAGUUGUGUUCUCUGGAAGUGACAAGUUGUAGGUGCGAGUAGAUAAUUCCAAGACCUUUUUGUAAUGUUAACGGCAUCGUUUCUUUGACUGAAAAUGAACAUCAAGACCUUUUUGUAAUGUUAACAGCAUCGCUUCUUUGACUGAAAAUGAACACUUUCGUCCUCUGCUUGUUCUUCAGGUACUACCAAAUCUGCGAUCAUGCACCUCCUAACACCGCGUCUACGUUGCCUCCUGUACCUGUAGCUUGUAGUGCCAAGGGGUGUUUCUUGCUGGGCAAAGGCAUGCUUGGUUACGUCUAUCGUGGGCGCAAGCAUCAAAAGGACGUUUCUCAGCCAGAAGCGAUUGCUGUCAAGAUUUCACGUGCGAUGGAACCAGCAAACUUCAAAAUAUGCUCAACAUUUUUAGUGUGCAUCUUUCUUAAUGUCAGCAUGAUGAUCUCCAUAUUACGCUGUAUUUCCAAAGAAAUAGUUGCACGAAGUAGAAAAACUUGUAGCAAUAGGUCUCGAUGCCCUGGAUUUCCCAAGAAACACAAGGGAGUUAGAGUUUUUAAAGGGGACAAGAAGGAGGUGAAAGGAGAAGGACAUGACUCUCACUAAUCAAAGACCGCGUAUUGAGGGAACGCGAUCGUAUGGCCGAGCUGCGAAGUCUAGCGGAUGCGGACAAGGCCAGAGAAGACCAUGAGUUGAAGGAGUGGGCGAGAACUGAAACAGGAGCGGGAAAGGCAGAUACAAAUGCGGCGGUCCAAGAGUCUACGAUGAACAAGUGCGGAGGUGAGGAACAGGUCACCAGUACAAGUAGACCUAAAGCAGAUCAUAGUACCAGGGAUCAAGAAGAUCAACAUCAGAAUGCUUUGGGAGUCGUAGGUGGUGCCUUCAUCGGGGUCUUAGGUACUAGAAGAAGGUCAAGCUGUGGCAGUAGAAGUAGUUCUGGCGUUUCUCCCUCUUCUUCUUCUGGAACUACAAGUCGAGAAGCCGCUUUAGCAAAAGCUGGUGCUGACGGUCGUGGUGAACAACAAAUUGAUAAAAACAUUGACGAGAAGAUGAAGAAAAAGAUAACUGAUCUUCAACAUGACCACCACGCUAGUCGUGUCGAGAAGGUGGAACAACGUCGAAAGACACAGCUGGAGCUGAUAAAGCUGCAACACCGCGCACGUGGUGGUGAUUUUGAACAUCACGGGAGAUUUCGACAGCUGUGUCUGGUGUACGAACAAUUCACGAUGAGUGUCGACUGGCAGCUUCGAAAGCGUGAACAUCUUGUCCAAGUGAUGGAUCGCGCUAGUAUGAAUCUUGCUGAAGCGAUUCGCCGAUUUCGGCAAGAGAGUGUGCACUGGGAGGACUAUCGUGCAGGCGCUGUUUAUAAUCGCUAUGGUGGUGCACUAUCGGAACUUGCAGAGAAGUAUGCAGCUCUUCCACGUGAUGAAGAUCAUGCUACUUGUUAUCUUAAUAUUUCGUCUACCACGUCAUCUCCCUCACCGAGGAUUAGAGACUUGAUGAAGCAAAAACACCCAACAACCGGAGCAUCUCAACUAGAUCUUCUAGGCACAAGCAAGUUCGUUGCACGACGGCGACUACGAGAGCUGAAUGAUGGAAAUGAUGGUCCGAAGAAUCGUACACGCAGUGCUCGUCAAGGUCAUGGUCAUCAACAAGAGUUAACAUCACCAGGUGGCCUCCCAUGGACUUGGGCGAAUAACUUGAUACGAGGUCUUGCCCGCGGUCUGUCUUGGAUGCACGAGAAGAAUUUUGUGCACGCGGACAUAAAACCAGCAAACCUCCUUCUGUUUCCGAACCAGCGUAGUGGAACUGAUGCAACCGGCGAGAAUUUGAAGCGCUUUAUGACACAUGCGGUACUUACUUUUCCUCUCGAUUGCGACCGGUUUUUAGUUUUUGCCUCUAUCGCCUUAGCCCUUCAAACAAUACUUUUCCUUUUGCAUUUGUAGUUUUUGUUUUAUCUUUUAUUCCUUGUUGAUCAUGUUCUACAGAUGUACUGGAAUUUCCUUUUUCUUCUAUAUAUAACGCUCCUGAUCAACAAACCAACGAAAGUGCACUACUCUCAAUAUCUUCACUGUCAGGAUCUCCGCGUUGGCGAUUUCGGCGAAGCGCGAGCUGUCCCUUUCAACGUUGGGUCUCGCUUGUCAGCAGACCAUACGCCAGGUGUCCGUGUUGCGAAGGGUGAAACGAAUAUUCAAACGCCGUUUUAUCUUAAGGCUUCCCCUACUAUCCUUCCUUUUUCUUUUCCUAGUUAGCUUGGCUCCACCAGUAUAUAUAAGCAUAACUAAGCUGUUCGAUAAGAGAAAAACAGAUCCGAGAUGGAAUGGGGUGAGCUCUAAUCAUCGCUCUCCCGAGUGUUAUCUUGGCUGCGGAGAAGUAGGCACGGCGAUCGACGUAUGGUCUUUCGGCGAGAUCGUGCAUGAGAUACUGACUGGUGAGCGGCUGUUAAAUUGGAAUCCAUUAGAGUGGAUGAGCAGCACAAAGAACGCUGGUCUAGUGCGGAAACCGCAUCCGCAGAGACUGGACAAAGAAUGGCAGAAGGAGACGUUUGAGACGCGCAAUGGUGCAGUUUGCAACCCUUCCAUCGAGUUUUGCGCGAUGCACUUGUUCGAGGCACAGUGUGAGCUGGGUGCCAUGCCGCUGACCCUUAUCGAUCGGGCCGUUGCGGUCGAGAGCAAGCACGUGCGAGAACUCUUUGGUCGUAAUGCGCGAGAACAGAAGUUCCGCCUCACUUCGCAAUAUCACUUAGACAUUCCAAAACGCUUGUACGAGGUCACUUUUGAGCGAUUCUCCACUGCCUUUUUCGAGCAAACCCGACGAGAACGGAAUCGCAGCAGCUGUGGCAGACUGUUGUGGUCGCCACUCUUAGAGGAAUGCGGUCCACAUACCCCAUCCUGCUUUCCUGAAGAGGACGGAGAACAAGAUGAAGAUGAAGAUGAAGAGAUGAGGCCAUUUUCUGGUGAAGUAGAUCAGAAGUCAGUAAAGGACAUGGAGAAACAUCGUGGUGAACAAGACCAACAAGAUGAUCAUGAUGAACAGAAGAACAGGGAGAAAACUUCAAGAACAGCUGCUCGACUCAUGGCUCCUGGCAAUGUGAACCCAAGGGAGGCUCUUCUUAACCUUCAGGAGAAGUCAGACCUUGGGACCUCCUCUUCUAAGACAGCACAAUCUUCUUCGUCCUCCUCCCAUCGUUCUCCUCGGUCUCCACUGGCGCAUGAGGGUCUAGCAUCACCCAUGAAGAGCGAUGUCGAGCCGGCUAGAAGCACUGGUGGCAAGAAUUAUCCGGGCAAGACGAGUCAACAAGAGCGACGUGGUGGAAGUGGACUAGGACGUCCUUCGUCGAACAAAGGGAAAGUUGUAACAGCGGAAUCGCUGAUCCAGCGUGCGCGAAAACGUGCGGAGAGAGCGGAAUCAUUGAUUCUAGCAGCCCUUACCUAUGACCCAGAAAAGCGUAUCGCAAUGAACGAUGUUUUGCGUCACCCAUUUUUUGAAGAUGAGGAUACGACGUGGUUGAAAUCAUGCCUCGUACCCUUCGGAGGUAUAAAUGGUCAUGAUAAUAUCAACAUGAUGGAAGACGAAGAAUCUGUCGACGAAGAGCUUUUCAUCAGUACUACUUGAGCUUAGUUUACUCGAAUUCUGAAAAUGUCCGAGUUAUUGACUGAAAUAAGGGAGGUAGCUUUGACAGGGUUACUCGGCCUUGUUCAGUAUCUCGCUUAUUUUAAGUAGUUACGCGCUUAUUUCAGGUUAUCGAAAUCGAAUAGAUUUAUCUGAGUAAAAUUUCUAGAAAGCAGGGAGGAGUAUCAUUUACAAGCUGCUGCUAUGGGUCUGGGAUAAUAGAAUAGCCUAAAGCAUUAUGUUCAUGGAACAACGCAAAUCCUACACGUCUAGACUUCGUAGUAAUGAAUAUAAUUUAUAUUUUCUUCAUAUGGAAGUUACGGGUCGUAAGCUUAACAACGUCGUGAUCCUCGCAUAAUUUGAUUGUUCUUAUCGGCAUCACGACAUUUCAUUUUUGGUUGGUACAACUAUUAUUUGCAUACUUAAUCUAACCUAGCCAACAUUUUUACCAUUACCAUUUUUGUACAGAUGAAGCAAGAUGAACAACGAACAUUACCCUACCUGAGCAUAAUCAUUCGUCGAAAGUUAUGUACUAUACCUAUAAUUGCAACAUCAUGAUCAGUUGUAACUGUAAUGCCUCAACAACAUAGCUAAUGACUUUAGUCAUGAUUACGAUUAUAGGCUCUGUCUUUAUUGUAAUUAUUGUGUUUUUAUUCGGAGCAUUGAUUGAUUGAUUAGGAUUACAGUCUUGAUGUCUUUACUGUACUUCUCCUUCUCGCAUUAGUGGUCGUUGUAGAGGUCGUACUGACAUUAUCAGCACAUCACAAGUUGAAGUUACUUAGCCGAUCAACAUGGUUGUACUCUUUAAUGCACUUUUUUUCGUACUACAACCGAGGAAAAUAGAAGUACCCUCAAGAAUAU